AUGCAGAAUAUCAUUCUCCUGCUGUGCUUCGUCUUUGCAUGCGUCCUUCUCAUGCAUUUGAUACCUUACUUUUACGAUUCGCACGGGCUGCGGGCGUAUCCCGGACCGUUCUUCGCGAAGUUCACAGAUCUAUGGUUGGGUCAGACGAUCUUCUCAAACACCUGGUCCGAGACCGUUGAGAAGCUACACAAAAAACACGGCCCAUUUGUUAGAAUCGGACCAAAUUAUAUCUCCAUAUCAGAUCCUGCUGCGCUGGUGUCAGUUUAUGGGCACACCUCUGGGGCACUGAAGGCGCCAUUCUAUGAUAGCUUUGUGGCAUUCAAACACGCGAGCGUCUUCUCGACACGCUCUCGGGCGGACCACGCGCGUAAACGUCGUGUUCACUCGCUGGUCUUCUCACAGAAGAGUAUCCGUGCGCUUGAGAGUACCACGCGCGUGCACUUUGCCAAGCUCGUCGAGCAAUGGGACACCCUGUGCAAGUGUGUCGAAGGUUCAUCGAAAGAGGGAAGAAUGGGAUCAUCCACUUGGAGUCUUGAAGAUGGGCGGGUUUGGUUCGAUUGCAUGACUUGUGAUCUUGCGUUUGGAUCGCCUUUCGGGAUGGUUCGUGCAGCAAAAGACGAGACAUGGGUCGCCAAAUAUGCUACAGGAGGCAUCGACACACUCGAUAAAUGUGCAUUCGACAUGGAACGGAUUCCUGUCAUCGGCGUGCUCUCCGUACGUGCCGAAGUGGUCCCUAUAUUCGGCUUCCUUCCAGCACGCUGGCGCCCAUUGGCGCAGUGGCAUCCUCGUCUCCGUGAGGGUAACGAUGCUGCGAAGAAGCUGGCUGGUUUGUCUAUUGCAUCGGUCUCAAAACGCCUGGAGAACCCCGAAGUGAGGGAAGACAUGCUCCAGAAGUUGCUAGAAGGACGCGUUGCAGAUGGAAUUCCAAUGAGCCCAGAUGAAAUGGCUGCUGAGGCUUUUACCUUGAUCAUUGCUGGUGCGGAAACAAUGGCGAUGUGA